AUGCCAGCUUGGGAUGCAGAAGAAGAAGAUAAUAUAUCUCAGUCUCUACAGCCAUUAUUACAGGAAAACCAACAAAAUAUUGUAGAAUCAAAUAAUGAGCAGAAUCGUCAUAAAGAAACUAUUCAGUUUUUUGUAAAGCAAUUAACAUUACUUUUUUAUCCUUUAAUUAUAACGUUUACAUUAACCUGUUGGAUUGAAACAACAUUAGCUAUUGAUGAUUUGCAAUUCAGUAACCCUUUAAUGGUAUAUGAUGAAAUACCAACAGACAAUAUAGGCAUCCGUUUAGGUGGUAGUAUUUUAAAUGCUAUAGCUAUUGUCGUUGGCAUUGCAGCUAUGACAUUUCUUUUUGUUCUCUGUUUUAAAUAUAGACUUUAUCAAUUUUUGUUCUUUUGGCUUGGAUUUUCAGUUUUGUCCAUUCUUGGUGUAACUACUACAACAUUAUGGAUUGAAAUGAUGGAUGUAUAUGAUUUACCAUUAGAUUACAUGACUAUGGUAUUCUGUGCUUGGAAUAUUUCGGUUGUUGGUGUAAUAGCCAUAUUUUGGAAAAGUCCUUUAUGGGUACAGCAAGCAUAUUUAAUCAUCGUUAGUACAGCCACUUCAAUUAGUAUGUUAAGAAUGCCACCAUGGACAACAUGGACAGUUUUAAUAGCUGUGUCACUUUAUGAUUUAUUUGCUGUAUUAUGCCCAGCAGGACCAUUAAACUUAUUGAUUUCAAUUGCAGAGGAACGUCAAGAAGAAAUACCAGCACUUAUAUAUUCAGCAGGAAUGGCAAGUUUUGACAAUUCUGAGACUAGCGCUAUUGAUGGCUAUAGAACACAAGAAACAUCAACAAAUACUAAUAUUUGGACAUGGAUUUUUAAUAAAAGUAGUAAAAAAGGAUAUCAUGUAGUUCAGAAUAGCGAAGAAGGGGCAUUUGUAAAUGAGCUUACUGAUAUCUCAUCAAUCACUAGAGUCCAAGAAGAAUCUAUAAGAAACGAUAAUAUUGAAGUUGAAUGUGAACAAGAAGAUGAGGAAGAUGAACUCAAAGCUAUUAAACUUGGUUUGGGUGAUUUUAUAUUUUAUAGUGUUCUAGUUGGGAAGGCAUCAAGAACAAAUGCUAUUACCUUAUGUUUAUGCAUCAUAGCAAUUCUUACAGGACUUUCAUUGACAAUUUUAAUUUUAACAUUGAAAAAAAAAGCAUUGCCCGCUUUACCUAUCUCUAUUUUAUUUGGAAGCAUUACAUAUGCUAUUGCUUAUUAUAUGACCAGUCCAAUGAUUAACUCUCUUUCUUUACAGUCUAUAUCUCUUUAA